AACACACAAAAACACAAUAAAACAUAAAACGAAAAAAAAACACAAACAAAACUAAAUAAAAAAUAUAAAAAAUUAAAAACACAUUCAGAGAAAAUUUGGCAAAAAGAUGGCUAAACGAAUGCGCGAUACAGAUGAAAAAUUCCAACGCAAGAAAAAUAUGCGAUUGCGUUUCAAGAAAUUGGUUCGUGCUGUCAUGUUAAAUCAACAAUGGCUCGAUGAGCCCGAGGAGCAGGGCAUCGUCAUGAAUGCCAAAAAGAAUGUCGCUUUUCUCAUCAGGCAAAAGCGCAAAACUGGGCUCCUGACUGUUGCGGAGAAAGCCUUGCUUCGUACUCCACACGCAUUCCGCACUAUAGAGGAGCGCAAGAAGUUGUGCCUGAUUAUAUCUGGCUUGUCGUGCUUCAGUAAUAUACCGCCGAAACUGCGGGCCAGAUUGAUACCGGUUCUAAAGUUUGCCACUAUCGGCGGAGAUCGUACGCUCAUCCGGCAAGGGGAUCAGCCGAUUUUUGUGUACUUCAUGAUCUCCGGCGAGGUCGAAAUGAAGAAAUCCAUCUACGACAAAAAUACAAGGAAAAUCACAUUGGUGUCAGAGGCCAUUAUUGGUGCUGGGGAUAUAAUAGGCGAGGUUGAGCUGCUGGAGGACUGCACCAGAAUAAACAGCUAUGUGGCGCUAUCGCCCUGUGAAGUUUUGUCAAUAACCGAAGAUGACUUUCGGAAUAUUUUGGGUCCUUUCAUGAUAAAGCAAUGGCACGAAAAGAAAAUGGCCCUGAGAUCGCUAAACUAUUUCGAUUUUCUAACAGACGAACAGAUUGUGCGAGCUUGUUAUUACUGUCAGCUAGCACAAUACGAUCCGCUGCAGUCCAUAUACUCGGAGGACAGGGGUGCUGUUAGCUGUGUUCAUUUCAUUUUGAGCGGCGAAUGUGUUAUUUUACAGUGCCUCAAAAUGCUUCAAGUGGUCAAGGCGGAUGGCACAAAAACAUUCGAGCUGAUCAGUGUCAAGGAAACGGGACAGAAUCUCUUUGAGAAUCCCUCAAAAUCGAUGAGAGCACUGAGCUCAUCGUUUAUUGAUUAUGGAAGUACUAAAGAUAAAAUGUUGUCGGAUUCGGUUUUCAAUAUAAACGAACUAUUGGCUUCUUCGUCGGAAUUCGAAGAUGAGGAGGCAUUGCAGCAGAAGAAAGCGAAGCGUAAAGUGGGACUUCGUGAAAUCGAGGCAGCGUGUGGAUUUAAUCGUGGUGAUCCCGCUGACUCUGGUAAAAGAAUCAAGAUUACUUCGACUAUGAAGCGAAAAACGACUACGAUCCCGAGACGUUUGACGACAUAUUAUCCGCGCCCGUUUCUAGCGGAUGAUGAAUCAAUGGACGAGGAGACAUCGUACGACUACAUAGAGGAGGAUUAUGUUGUGGAAGAAGCAGAAACGGAUUCAGAUCUAGAAUCCCUGCGAAGUCAAUCAACGUCGAGACGAUCAACAAAAAUCUCAAGAGCUUCGUCCUCGAGAAGAGGCACAGACGCAACAAGACGUUCCACAAUUACGAAGCCGCUUUCGAUCAUAAAACAAGGUGAUAAGGUAAGCCGAUCUGUGGUUCGCAUCGAAACGGAGAAUUCUGUCGGGGUUAAUUCGGAAUCGGAAGAUAUCUCAAGCUCGGGCUCCAGCCACGCCUUCCGCAUGGAGGAACCCAGUCUAAUAAUCCCCACGGAGACGCGUUUCAUAGACGUGGGCUCCCUGACCUAUGGCGGCAUUUUCGGUUUGGGCGAGAAAAUGUCGCAUCGCGUCAUAAUGGCACGCACCGUGGUGCAGUGCCUGCUUUUGCCGCGCUACUGGCUGUUCGAGGAGGAACAGAAUCCGGGCCACAUCUGGAAGCGUCGCCGAUUCUAUCUGGAGGGCAGCAUACCCUCGCGCGAAGAGCUAUUCAAAGAUUUUCUAAAGACCCGUCGCUGGGAAACGUUCAAACGCGACUACGUGCAAAGCACCUUGAAUCCAAAUAGUGCGAAUAGUACACAGCCCGAAGAUAUACCGAUAAUAUGCCGCAUUGUUGAGACCAGAGACGAUAUUUAGAAACGCGUGAAGCAAAGGCCAUCCAAAUUAUAUGUAUACAACGAAAUAACAAAAGAAGCAAACAAAAAAGACUGAAAGUAUGUCAAGAAAGAUACUUAUGUGAAACAGGAAUAUAUAUGUAGGUGCAUGGACAGCGAGUAUAUUAUAUACUAGCCAGUGUCACAGGCUUUUGCCCGAGCAAAGCGUAUUUUAUGAACUAUUUUACGAAAGUCAGUAAAAGACGUAAUCAAUCAUUUAUGUAUGCUGAGCUAUAAAAUUCUUCUUGAAGCAAAAUAAUAUUCUUCGCAAACUAACCCCCUAAACAUUCCCACUGCUGAGUAAGCUACCCAUAAACUUUUUAAAUUGGGUGAAUUGAACCGAAAAUUAAAAAAUAAAAAAAGUUUCUUACAAGA